UGCUGAACUCGUCUUGUCUUCAUAAGUUGUCAUGCCUCUCUGAUCUAUCCAGUGAAGCCAGUUGUACAUAUAUUUGUCGAGUUCGACUUGACCAAGUUGAUCAGUGUCAUGUGAAUACAAGAUUUUCACAUUCUCUUUGCGGUCAUGUUGUUAACAAGAUGCCUAGUGGGGACGUUGAAUGCAGCUUCUGUCAUUGUAAUUGUGAUGCUGAAGUUGUGCGCACAUUCCACCUGAAAAUCACUCUUGCAGAUGAGACUGGAAAGAUUUUUGCUUGGUGCAUCGGUCAAACUGCUACAGAGGUGCUUCAGAUAUCCCCCGAUGAAUUUUAUGAUCUUCCCGAGGAUGAACAAUUCAUGUAUCCUUCAUCUCUGGAGAAUGAGAGCUUCAUAGUUGCAUUAGUGAAUUGCCAGGGGCAGGGUUAUGGACUCAGUCAGAGUAUAACCCAGGAGGCUGAUGCAAUUCCGUGGGAGAUCACUCGUGCAUUAAGGUGUGAAUAGUAAAACAAUUUGCACUGAGAUUUCCUGAAAAUAUAGCAAGAAUCACGCUCUGCAUGGAUGCGGUUUCUCUGUGAUCCUUGAACAAGAUAAGAAGGCAAGUAGGCAAUCAUGCCAUGGUUGCCAGGUGUAAAAGUGCAGCAACUUUUUUUAUUCUUAUUUCCUUAAAAAUUCAUCCUUCUUUUUUUAAUUUUUUAAGGGCAUCCUACUGCUUUGAAACGAUGCUAUUCCAUCAUCAUAGUGCACGUGAUUAAUUUGCAA